UACUUCCUGACCUUUUACACCAUAGCACCACCACAUGUACCAUUUCCCGUAGUAUAAAAGCCCAUUCAGUGGGCGCCCCAAGUCAUAUCGUACCAUACUUAUUUAAAGUCCACAUCCCCGCCUUUCUCUCCUCUCACUCUCAAGUUCUACUACUUCUGCUUUCUUUUCAACUCUUCCCCCACCAUCGCCCCUUUGACCUUUCACAAUCAAACCGUGCAAUCCUCCUUCGAUCCAAUCUUCCGUGUUCUCCAACCAACUAUCAGACAAGCCAUGGUUCAAGCACACUCAAGCACGUUCUUGCUAUCAUCCUUCCUCCUGGCCUUGAUCGCUCUAUCCCAGGAUCCCGCUCUUAUCCACGUCAACGCCGCACCCAUCUCUAGGCUCCUAUCCAUCAUACCCCCAUACUCCUCCUCCCCAGCAUCAAUACCUUUGCCACAACCCUUGAACGCACAGCCCUUGCGUCACACUUCGCCGUUUGCACAGCCAUCACACGGGAGAGCCCGGAUUCGUCGAGUGCCAACCCAGAGACUUGUUGCGCAUCAACGAAGAGCUCUUCCUGUUGAGUCUCCAGAUCAGACAGGCGGUGAUCCAGAUAAGACAUCGUACAUUCUUCACCAGUCACCACAGCAAUCACAGCCGCAGCAGCAGCAGUAUCCACAACAGCAGCAGCAGGAGUCAUCAUCUCCGAUUCAUACCAGAGCAGUGCUUCCAGAGCAAUGGUCCGAUCGUACACUUGAAGGCCACGCCGUCUUGGACGAUGACGAUGAUGAUGCUGGAAACGAGCUACUUGACACAGAGGCCGAUAACAUGUUUAGACCCGACGCUGACGAGGAGGUCGAUGGCACCAUCGAGGGCGAGCUUCUCGAAGAAGAUGAAGAAGAAGACGACGGGGCCAUGGACGAGGGGCCGGAGACAGCCGAAGCCUAGACGGGCGAUGGGUCCAGAAAUCGUCUCUGGUUUGCACGCAUGGGCUCGCAAGGGGGAGGCCUUGGGAAGAUCGGGCGUUGCACAAAGCCAAUGACGAAGAUCGUGGCGAGUCUAGUAGUGCACAGUCAAGGAUGACCGAUACUUGACGUUGUUCGCGCGCGCUUUCAAAUCGCUUAGCGCACGAGUAUGGUUUAGUUCCGCGUACUUUUUUUUUAUAUAUCUCUGCGGGACGUUUUUUCAUUGCGUCUCAGCUGAAAAGAUGGGCGGUCGGCUUGGGGGGCGGGGGACGGGCGAAUUCUCCAUUCCAUUCUCUCUGUACAUACAUAGCCAGAUACAUGCACACUUGUACAUAGCACCUUGUAACAUAUUCCCAGAAUCCCAGAACAUUAGAAUAAAACUAGCGACGCGCUUAGCUUCAAACAUA